ACGAGGUUCCCACAUGGUGGCGCCUUUCGCAAUGUAUAUAUAAGCUGCGCCCACAGACCCCAGAGUCGCCUCCGGAGUUGUAGACUUCGUAGCCAGCAAUGCUUGCCAACAUGGGUGGUGGCGCAAAGGCUCUCACCGCUGUCGUUCUCAUCAGGCUCAUGUACUCCGGUAUGCAUGUCAUGAGCAAGGUGGCCCUGGAUGAAGGCAUGAACCCCCUGGUGUUUGUGUUCUACCGGCAUACCACCGCUGCGCUCGUGUUGAUCCCUAUUGCUUUCAUUCUGGAGAGGGGUAAAGCUAAGCCGGUGACGUUCAAGAUUGGAUGGAAGAUGUUUAUACAUGCCUUAUAUGGGGUGACAGCAUGUGGUGACUUAUUUAACCUUGGACUCAACUAUGCAUCAGCUACAUCGUCAUCGGCAUUGUACAAUGUUCAACCGGUGGUUACAUUCAUCCUAGCCAUUACAUUUGGGAUGGAAACUAUGAAACUGACGAGGUUCCAUGGCAAAGUCAAAUUCGCGGGUAUUCUUUUCUGCAUCGCCGGUGUCACCGUGCUGGCCUUCUACGACGGGCCAAUGUUCAGAUCCUUCAACCAUCACCAGCUCUUUCAGCACGGCAGGAGCAGUUCCGCUGGGGCAGACACCUACUCCAAGAAGCAAUGGGUACUCGGAAUUUUCCUCAUGACACUAUCUAACGUUUUAGCAGGCCUGUGGACAGUGCUUCAGGGGCCACUGAUAGAAGACACUUCCAAGCUGAUGAACACCACGCUGCAGAUCUCGUGCGCGUCCGUCCAGGCCUUCGUUGUGGCUGUCGCAUACGAGAGGGACUUCUCCAAGUGGAAGCUGGGCUGGAAUGUUAGCCUCGUCGCGAUAAUCUACAGCGGUGUGAUUGUUACUGCGCUUUCAUACUACAUGCAAAUGUGGACGAUCGCCAAGAGGGGCCCGGUGUUCCUCGCCAUGUCGAUGCCGCUCACUUUCGUGUUCACAAUCGUCAUAUCCUCCUCCAUUUUAGGGGACGCAGUUAGCCUGGGGAGUAUUUUUGCCGGGAUACUACUGAUUGGAGGCCUGUACAAUGUCUUUUGGGGGAAACGCAUCGAGGAGCAAGAUGACACGAACAAGAUAAGCGAAGGUAAACCUGGCCUUGAGCUGCAGGACACGGAGGCGCCCCAGAUAGCAGAUGACGAUGCAGAAACGAAGGUCUAACUCGGCCAGGCGAUGUGACAUAAAAGAUUGUGUCAAAGCCAAGCAAGCCACUGGUUUCAGGGUGCGGGGAACAACCAACGCAUAUUGCGAGUCAACUCACUGAACUGGUGGCGCGCAAUUGGUGUUGGAAAAUAAGAUAUUUUUAGGUUUAAUUUAA